AUGGCCUUUCUCUUCAACCGCAAUAAGCAGCGAAACAACAUGGACCUGGUGCGCUCCACCAAGGAGGCUCUCCAGCGCCUCGCCGCCGAGGAGAAGCCCCAGCCGAAGACCGAGGAAGACCUGUCGCGCAAUCUCACCCAGAUGAAAAUCGUACUCCAAGGCACCCCAGAGGCGGAAGUAAGUCCGGAGCAGGUCUAUCAGCUCGUCAACCUGAUCUGCGCCGAAGACCUCCUGCUAUACCUCGCCCAGAACAUCCACAAGCUUCCCUUCGAGGCCCGUAAAGAUACCCAGAUCAUCAUUUCGAAUGCAUUCCGCUACCGAAUACCCAACAACUCCAAUGCCGAGCCGCCGGCGAUGCACUAUGUCUUGUCCAACCGUCCGGAAAUCAUAAUAGAGCUUUGCUAUGGCUACGAGCGCAGAGAGAGCGCCAUGGCUUGCGGUGGCGUGCUGAGGGAGGCACUGAAGCAUGACGCGGUUGCGGCUCUGAUCCUGUACGACGAGCCCGACCGGCGGGGCAAAGACAUGUUGGCGAACAUUGAUCCAACGCUGCCGUCGUCGGGAGACGGCAUCUUCUGGAAAUUCUUCGAGUGGAUCGAUCGGGGCGCAUUUGAGGCGUGCGCGGACGCGUUCAACACCUUCAGGGACAUCCUGACAAAGCACAAGGCGCUAGUCUCGGACUAUCUGCAGACGAACUUCGAUCGGUUCUUCAAGACAUACAACGCGGUGCUGGUGCAGUCAGACAGCUAUGUGACGAAGCGGCAGUCGAUCAAACUGCUGGGAGAGCUGCUGCUGGACCGGGCAAACUACAAUGUCAUGACGCAGUACGUCGCAUCGGGGGAGCACCUGAAGAUCAUCAUGAAGCUCCUCCGGGACGAUAGGCGCAUGAUAAACUACGAGGGCUUCCACGUUUUCAAGGUCUUUGUAGCGAAUCCGAACAAAUCAGCGGCCGUGCAAAAGAUCCUGAUCAACAACAGGGACCGGCUCCUCAGGUUUCUGCCCACCUUCCUCGAUGAUCGGACGGAGGACGACCAGUUCACGGACGAGAAGAGCUUUCUGAUCCGGCAGAUUGAACUCCUACCGCCGGCUCCGGCUCAGCCGGCGGCAUAG